AUGCCUGCCGUCACCAGCCCUGCUGCCCAGGCGGAGAACGCCAAGAGCCUGAAGGUGCUCGAUGAGCUUAUGCAGAAGCUCACCAUCUCCAAGGAGGCCGACGCCGUCAAGGAGUCUGCCGCCGCUCUGGCUUCCUUCAUCAACGGCCCCAUUGAGGACCUCGAUGUGCCCAUCAAGACUAUUGAGGCCAUCAAGAAGCAGCUCGCCAACAAGAAGGAUGCGUCUGUCCGUGAGAAGGGCUUGAACGCCGUCCAGGCGAUCGCCCAGCACUCCGAGAUUGCUCCCAAUGUCGAGCCCUUCCUGGUUGUCCUCCUCCCCAAUGUUCUUGCCGCUGCUGGUGACAAGAUCACUUCUGUCAAGAAUGCCGCCAUUGCGGCUGCUCUGGCCAUCGCCGAGGCCAUCAACCCCAAUGCCGCCAAGUCCACGCUGCCGGCUCUGAUCCACUCUCUGCGCAACGCCCAGAAGUGGCCGGAGAAGAUGACCGUGCUUGACUUUAUCGACACCCUCAUCCGCACUGCUCCCGCCCAGCUUGCUUUCCGCGUCCCCGACUUGAUCCCCGUCGUCUCUGAGGCCAUGUGGGACACCAAGAAGGAGGUCAAGGACCGCGCCUACAAGACCAUGGAGAAGCUCUGCGAGCUCAUCGUCAACAGGGAUAUCGAGCGCUUCAUUCCUGAGGUCAUCAAGUGUAUCGCCAAGCCUGAGAACGUCCCCGAGACCGUUCACUUGCUCGGUGCCACCACUUUCGUCACCGAGGUGCAGGAGCCUACUCUGGCCCUCAUGGUCCCUCUUCUGGAUCGUGGUCUGGCUGAGCGUGAUACCGCCAUCAAGCGUAAGGCCGCUGUCAUCGUUGACAACAUGUGCAAGCUCGUCGACGACCCGAACAUUGUCGCUCCUUUCUUGCCCAAGAUGAUGCCCGGUCUCCAGAAGAACUACGAUAACCUGGCUGAUCCCGAGGCUCGAGAGAAGACCAAGCAGGCUCUCGACACCCUGACUCGCGUCGGCAAUGUCGUUGAUGGCAAGAUUCCCGAGGCCCGCAACGACAGCGACCUUGCUGUCGUUCUCGGCAAGCUCAAGGAGGCUCUGUCUCCUAAGUUCCCUCACGUCACUGGUGACAAGUUCAACCCCGUUCUGGAGUACAUCUCCGCCAUCGCUGGUCAGCUCGUUGACGAGAAGGAGACUGAGCCCACCACUUGGUACGAGAACCUGAAGACCUUCACCUCCGUUAUUGUUGGUGAUGAGAACUCCGAGGCUCUCGUUGAGACCCUCCGAAAGAAGGCUUCUCCCGGCCUCGCUGAGGAGGAGGAGGUCGAAGCCGACGAGGAGGAGGGUGAGGAUCUCUGCAACUGCACAUUCUCCCUCGCCUACGGUGCCAAGAUUCUGCUCAACCAGACCCAUCUCCGCCUGAAGCGUGGUCAGCGUUAUGGUCUUUGCGGUCCCAAUGGAUCUGGAAAGUCCACUCUCAUGCGCGCCAUCAACAAUGAGCAGGUUGAGGGUUUCCCCAAGCAGAGCGAGGUCAAGACUGUCUUCGUUGAGCACGACCUUGACUCCGCUGACACUGAGAUGACCACCAUUGACUGGACCAUGAAGAAGCUUGCCGAAGCUGGUGUCGAUGUCUCCAAGGAGGAGGUCGAGAGACGCCUGGAGGAGUUCGGCUUCACUCCUAGCAUGAUUUCUGGCGAGAUCUCCGCUCUGUCUGGUGGUUGGAAGAUGAAGCUGGCUCUGUGCCGUGCCGUCUUCGAGGCUCCCGAUAUCCUGCUCCUUGACGAGCCUACCAACCAUUUGGACGUGAAGAACGUGAAGUGGCUCGAGGAUUACCUCAUCAACUCUCCCUGCACAUCUAUCAUCGUCUCUCACGACAGCGGCUUCCUUGACAACGUCUGCCAGCACAUUGUCCACUACGAGCGCUUCAAGCUCAAGCGCUACAGGGGUAACCUCAAGGAGUUCGUCAAGCGCGUCCCAGCUGCCAAGUCCUACUAUGAGCUUGGUGCGUCUGAGAUGGAGUUCUCCUUCCCUGAGCCCGGUUUCCUGGAGGGUGUCAAGACCAAGGCUAAGGCCAUCCUGCGUGCUAGCAAGAUGAGCUUCCAGUAUCCUGGUACCUCCAAGCCGCAGAUCGCCGACAUCACCUUCCAGUGCUCUCUCGGUUCCCGUAUUGCCGUCAUUGGUCCCAACGGUGCCGGCAAGUCUACCCUCAUCAAUGUUCUGACUGGUGAGCUGGUUCCCACCGCUGGUGAGAUCUACCAGCAUGAGAAUAUCCGUAUUGCUUACAUCAAGCAACACGCUUUCGCUCACAUCGAUAACCACUUGGACAAGACCCCAUCCGAGUACAUCCAGUGGCGUUUCCAGACUGGUGAGGAUCGUGAGACCAUGGACCGUGCCAACAAGAUCAUCACCGAGGAGGAUGAGAAGGCCAUGGACAAGAUCUUCCGUGUUGAGGGCUCUCAGCGUCGCGUCAUUGGCAUCAACAGCCGAAGAAAGUUCAAGAACUCUUACGAGUACGAGUGCUCUUUCGCUCUUGGUGAGAACAUUGGCAUGAAGAACGAGCGCUGGAUUCCCAUGAUGACUGCCGACAACGCCUGGCUGCCCCGUUCCGAGCUUCUGGCUUCUCAUCAGAAGAUGGUUGCCGAUGUUGAUAUGAAGGAGGCUCUUGCCUCUGGUCAGUUCCGUCCUCUAGUCCGAAAGGAGAUUGAGUCCCACUGCGCCAACUUCGGUCUUGACGCUGAGCUGGUUUCUCACUCUCGUAUGCGUGGUCUGUCCGGUGGUCAGCGUGUCAAGGUCGUCCUUGCUGCCUGCUCUUGGCAGCGACCUCACUUGAUCGUUCUUGACGAGCCUACCAACUAUCUCGACCGUGACUCUCUCGGUGCUCUGUCCAAGGCGCUGAAGAAAUUCGAGGGUGGUGUCAUCAUCAUUACUCACUCUGCCGAGUUCACCAAGGACUUGACUGAGGAAGUCUGGGCUGUCCUCGACGGCAAGAUGACUCCUUCCGGACACAACUGGGUGCAGGGCCAGGGUUCUGGUCCCAGGCUCAAGGCCGACGAUGAUGACGAGGAGGACAAGUUUGAUGCCAUGGGCAACAAAAUUGUCACCACCAAGAAGAAGGCCAAACUGACCUCUUCCGAGGCCCGUAAGAAGAAGAAGGAGCGUAUGGCCCGCCGCAAGCGUGGUGAGGAGGUGUUCUCUGACGAGGACGAGUAA